GUAGCUGCAAGGGAGCAGAACGGCAGCAGCCUUGCCCAGGGGAGCUCGGUCUCUGCCCCAGACUGAAGUGGGCUCUGGACCCACCAGCUCGGUUCCGACGUGCUGAAAUCGGGGUUCUGCCUCUGGCAAAGUAGAGCUGACCUGGUGCUUUUAGCUCUGUACCUAGUUACCAAAGGCUCUGCAGUAUUUCCUCGCACCUAGAUCGUGAAGAUGUCCUGGCUACACCCCUUCACUGAGAGCAGGGCCGUAGGAGUCUUGCAGCAGCUGUUGCACUGAAUCGUGCCAGAGCCAGAAGGGGAGACCAUGAAGCUACUGGAGAACUCAAGCUUUGAAGCAAUAAACUCUCAGCUGACAGUGGAGACAGGAGAUGCUCACAUCAUCGGCAGGAUCGAGAGUUACUCGUGCAAGAUGGCCGGGGAUGACAAGCACAUGUUCAAGCAGUUUUGCCAGGAGGGCCAGCCGCACGUCCUUGAGGCCCUGUCGCCACCUCAGACUACAGGGAUCAGCCCCAGCAGGCUCAGUAAGAGUCAGAGUGGGGAUGAGGAAGGGCCCCUGAGUGACAAGUGCAGCCGCAAGACCCUCUUCUAUCUGAUUGCAACGCUCAACGAGUCCUUCCGGCCUGACUACGACNCGCCCAAGGCCCGCGGUUUCAGCAGGGAGCCGAGCCUCAACUGGGUGGUGAACGCCGUCAACUGUAGCCUCUUCUCAGCAGUCCGCGAGGACUUCAAUGCCCUGAAGCCUCACCUGUGGGACGCUGUGGACGAAGAGAUUUGCCUCUCUGAAUGCGACAUCUACAGCUACAACCCGGACCUGGACUCGGACCCGUUCGGGGAGGACGGCAGUCUCUGGUCCUUCAACUACUUCUUCUACAACAAGCGCCUGAAGAGGAUCGUCUUCUUCACCUGCCGUUCCAUCAGUGGAUACACGUACACUCACUCGGAGGCGGGGAACGAACUGAAUAUGGACCUCGGCGAGGAUGACCUGGAGGAGAACACGGACGCCAAUGACAAUGAGAGUGGCAGCAUCGAGGAGGAGAGGAUGCAGGUUGCAUGCAUGUGAGUGCCUGGAAGGCCCUGCCGGCGCCCAAGCUUGGGCCAGCCUGGCUCUGUCUGAACUGCCCCACACGCAGCAGCCACAGCAUCGCUCCGCUCAUGCGCCCUGGACCCACCCAUGCCCAGUUUGGGUGCCCGGCAGGGCAGAAGAAGCUGCCAGCUCCCGCCCUUCUGGACGCUUUGUGUGUUGCUCUCACGGACCUGUCGUGGACGCGCUCCCAGACAGCUGUGGGGGCUCUGAAAAGCUUUGACGCACUUUACUGCUGCACUGACCUGCCCCCCACGGGCAGGACUUUCCGCCAGCACUUUCCUUUCCAGCUGUGAUGCAGCAAACUCCGUCCAGCCACAGCACCAGCAGCUGGAGGGAGCAGGGCCCCGCGCUCAGCCUGGGUUGCCUCCUUGAGAAACUGCGGUGCCCUCGCCAUGGACUGCUGUUCAUCCGCUCCCUGGAAGAGCCUGUCCACUCGGAGGGGUUUGCCUAGCACCUGCCACCCCUCCUGGACAUCGUUUGCUCUGACUUGUCUUUCCCUCGUGGCAUUGGCUCCCUGCACUGGCACCGGGCAGCCCCCUAAGCAACCCCCCAACAAAGGAUGCAGCCCCCACCGGGGAAGUAGGAUGGGGUGAGGGGAAACCCUUGAGCCCCAAAUCGGGACAGGGAGAGCUUGCAGUGCCGGAUGGGGUCCUGUAGUAAAAAGAGAGUGCACCUGGCUCCGCUUCACAGAUCACUGCUGUGGAAAGCUGAACAGAAGAACUCUUAGCGUGGCGACCAGGCAGGGGCAGCAGGCAGGCACGCACCCUCGGAGCGGGGUAGGCCAGACCCCAACCUCUGAGCUCUGGCUGGAUUCCUAGGAUCCUCAGUGGCCUGUGCAGUGCGCCCUGCAUCCAGCGUCGCUGGUCCUUCAGGUCGCCCCCUCUCCCCCUCUCGCCUGGUCUGAAGGCCGCCUGCAUUCCUGUUCAGCUUCCAGCCCUGCUAGGCUCUUGAGCAGAGCCAGGAGUGCUCUCCCCGGGGCCCCGGCCCGCCCAGCCUCUCUGUCCACACGUGGGGUUCAAGGGCUGCCCAUUGCAGCCCCAGGGCCUGGCUCCUUUUUUUUUUUUUUUUCUUUUCUUUUUUUUCUUUUUCUUUUUUUUUUUUUUUUUAACCACAGAUGACUUUCAGUGCUGGCAGCUCCAGAGCCGCCACGGCCAGGCCGGGGGGCAUGUGUUGGGAGUGGGAGUCAGCUUUGGCCGUGCAGGCUCCAGAUUCUGUUCUUGUAUUCGGGCAAAGGGCACCCGUGCUGCGAGCACUGUGCUUGCCGCCUCUCGCCCACGCCACCCCCUCCUCACUGCAUUUCUCCGUGACCAGCCGGGGGCCUCUGUGCCUCUGGCCUGUCCCAGCUGCUGGGCCAGCACCCAUGAAGCUGCAGGCAGGCCUGGUGCAGCAGGAGCUCCAUCUUGCCCUGCUACCAGGGCUGUGUGCACAGGGCUGGCAGACGCAGGGUGGGUGGAGGAGCCUGCCGUCUGCAGGGAGGCUGGAGCUGAGCCCUGCUGGCCUCCUGCCCCAGGUGCACUUCCAGCCAACAACCCCCCCAUGCCCUUGCAGUGUGCUGAGCUUGCCCAGUCCGGUGGGAGCAGAUCCUGCCCAGGGCCACUGGCUGGGAAGCAGCUCCUGGUACGGCCCCAGGGUGGCCUGGGAGCUGUCUCCACCCUCCCCCUGUCCUGCUCAGGGUCCUGCCACCUGCGUGCACCACCCCAUCUCCCACACCUGCGUUCCCUGUGCCUCCCCCCUCCAGCACCAGUGUCCUCCUGCCCCACAGCCGUAGGUGUCCCCCCUCUGGGCAGGCUGGCGGGAGUGGGGGGAAGAUGUGAGCCGUCAGGUCCAAGGUCAUUUCACUGGCAGGGCCCAAGCGAAGCACCGGGGAGCCCAGGUCGGAGGGAGCGCUGUGCUGUGCCCAGAGCGGUGGGCACAGGUGCUGCCAGCGCAGGUAGGCACCACAGGUGUGGGGCACCAGCCCCUGCCGGCCUUGUCUUGAGCAUCGCUGCCCCAGGCUCCUGUGUUAAGAAGCCAGGUUUUUCUUCCCCCUUGGGGUUAGUUCUGGCCCCCGUUUCCCAGGUCCUGGUGCUCACCAUGGAGUAAGGGCCUGGGCAAUAUUUUACAGUUAGGGUGGCCAGAAUCUGGAACCAACUUCCCAGGGAAGUGGUCCUCACCCCCCUACCUCGGGCAACUUCAAGAGGAGGUUGGACGA